UUUUCUUAGCGGGACCUAUGAGCGGGACGAAGGCUCUCUGCCAUUAUGCUCUCUGCAGUUAACUUGUCCCAAACGAUUUUCGGUCCCAGAUCACCAUCUUUAAACAGCCAUGAAGUUCCGAUCAAAAAUGAUUGACGUGGGAUGUCUUAAUCCCUUCACGCGUGUUGUGAACACGAUUGCUAAACUGAACAAGACCUGUGUCCUGCGACUCACUCCUGACAACCUCUACUUUGUGCUCUCUGGGAAGGUGUCCAACGGCGGGGUUAGCAUGUGGUGCGAGUUAUUACAAGUGAACUUCUUUGAUGAAUAUCAGAUAGAGGGUGUAUCACCAGAUGCCAAUGAGAUAUGUCUGGAGUUGGCUCCAGAGAACAUAUCGAGAGCUCUGAAGACAGCACAAAACGCCAAGUCCGUCAAAAUCAAACUAACCAAGAAACACUGCCCCUGUCUCACCCUUGCCGCAGAGCUGCCCUCGUUGUCCAGUGUGAGUCGUGUUGUCACGCACGAUAUCCCAGUGGAUGUCAUACCCCGGCGUAUGUGGCACGACUUCAAAGAACCCAGCAUGCCAGACUUUGACGUCAGCGUAUAUUUGCCUCAUCUAAAAUUAAUGAAGAAUAUUGUGGACAGGAUGAAGAACCUGUCCAAUUAUUUGGUCAUUGAAGCAAACCUCAGUGGUGAGAUGAAUCUGAAGAUUGAGACUGACUUGGUGGCCGUGACGACGCACUUCAAAGACCUUGGGAACCCACCGUGGGACAUCGUUCACAAGCGAAUUGUGCACUUGAUCUUGCUACACGAGGACGUAUCCCUGCAGUACUUCAUCCCUGCCGUGGCAUGAGUGGGCAUCUGGUGGGCUCUCCUCAUCCCUGCCGUGGCAUGAGUGGGCAUCUGGUGGGCUCUCCUCAUCCCUGCCGUGGCAUGAGUGGGCAUCUGGUGGGCUCUCCUCAUCCCUGCCGUGGCAUGAGUGGGCAUCUGGUGUGGUCUCUUUUGAAGAGUUCAGACCCUGGAUACUGCGUGUCCUGUAGAGGAGCCAUUUCAGAGUGGGCGCAAGAUGACUAGAGUCUCGGCAGUGAUGUACUGCAUUCUCUGAUUUUUAAUGAGGCAGGAAGUGAAAUCUAAUAUUUACAAGCUUGCUGCUCUCAAGUGGAUGCUGCUGGUUCCUUUGCAUCAUUGCCAUUGUUUAAUUGGAUCAAGUGUGAUACUUGGUUGGAGUUCAAUACUACAGUGUAGAUAGCUUAUUGUACCUAUGUGAGUUUGAUGCUUUGAAUAACAAGUUGAUGCUAUAAGAUGCCCUGUUUAUAAAUAUUUAUUUAUUUCCUUUUCUAAAUAUUCCAAAAUAAGAUUGUUGUGCUUUCUAUAAAGAGUGUUUUGUUGACUUUCAA